CCUCGGCUUCCUCACCACCGAUCAUUCUGGCGGGAGAGCAGCAGUUCGCCGCCUCCACUUUCCCGCGCAGAGCAAAUCAGCAAUGGACGGCGGCGCCUCCUUCCAGGCCGUCGCGGCCGCCGCCGCCAUGGAGAUGGAGGAGUACCUCAACUGGAAGAAGAACGCGCCGGUGCUCUACGACCUCGUCAUGUCCCACCCGCUCGAGUGGCCCUCGCUCACCGUCCAGUGGCUCCCCUCGGGGUCCCCGGCCUCCGCCCGCUCCCACCGCCUCGUCCUCGGCACCCACGCCUCCGACGACUCCCCCAACCACCUCAUGCUCGUCGACGCCGUGCUCCCGCUCCCGCCGCGCCUGGUCGCGGCGGCCGCCGCCGAGGGCCGCGCCGUCCCGGCCCCGUCCGUGUCCAUCGGCCGCUCGGCGCCGCAUCAGGGCGAGGUCAACCGCGCCCGGUGCAUGCCGCAGCGGCCGUACACCGUGGCCACCAAGACCUGCGUCGACGAGGUGCACGUGUACCACCUCGGGGAGGACGGCGACAAGGGCGGCGCGGAUGUCGUGCUCAGGGGUCAUGGCGCGGAGGGGUAUGGGCUGGCGUGGAGCGCGAUGAAGGAGGGGUUCCUCCUGAGCGGCUCGUAUGAUAAGAAGAUUUGCCUGUGGGAUCUCAAGGCCGGGAAUGGAGCCCCGGUUCUGGACGCGCAACAGGUGUUUGAGGCUCAUGAGGAUGUCGUUGAAGAUGUUGCUUGGCACCUUAAGGAUGAAAACCUAUUUGGAUCUGUUGGUGAUGACUGCAAGUUCAUGAUGUGGGACUUGCGUACGAACAAACCAGAACAAUCUAUAGUUGCGCACCAAAAGGAAGUUAACUCUCUAUCCUUCAAUCCAUUUAAUGAAUGGAUCUUGGCUACAGCAUCUGGCGAUGGAACUAUUAAGCUAUUUGACUUGCGAAAACUAUCUAGAAGCUUGCAUGCUUUCGACAACCAUGAGGGCGAGGUUUUCCAGGUUGAGUGGAAUCCAAAUCUGGAGACUGUAUUAGCUUCCCAUGCUGCAGACAAAAGGGUGAUGAUAUGGGACGUUAGCAGGAUCGGCGAGGAGCAGGCGGACGAGGACGCGGGUGACGGGCCACCGGAGCUCCUUUUCGUCCACGGCGGGCACACGGCCAAGAUCUCGGAGCUGUCGUGGAACCCCAGCGAGAAGUGGGUGGUGGCCAGCGUGGCGGAGGACAACGUGCUGCAGAUCUGGGAGGUGGCAGAGAGCAUCUACAGCGACGACACCAGCAACAGCAACAACGCCUCGUUCCUGUCCACAUAAGAAGACGCCACCAACCCAACUGCUUCCCUGAUAUGUGGACGAUGGGGACAUGGAUCGUAGUCUUUGCGUGAGUGGAUGCGUCGCGUGCCGUUUACUUGUAGUGCCUCGUACGGUUUCGUCGCUUAAUUAGCAGCUGCUGCUAUCGUUUGGCCCCUAGAUCCUCGAGACAUGGAUGGAUCGAGUAUCUUGGAGAAGUGACUCUGGAAACAUUUGUGCGUCCAUGCUGAAGCCUGUUAUGUUA